AUGGGGCGCCACAGCAGCAGCGGCAAGGCCGAGGCGGGCGGCGAGCAGUACCGCAAGGAGGAGAAGCAUCACAAGCACAUGGAGAAGUUGGCCAAGCUCGGCGCCGUCGCAGCCGGAGCAUACGCUAGGCACGAGAAGCACGAGGCGAGGAAGGACCCGGAGCAUGCAAGGUCGCACAAGAUCAAGGAGAAGAUCGCCGCCACGGUCGCCGCCGGCAGCGCCGGCUUGGCGAUCCAUGAGCACCACAAAAAGAAAGAGGCCAAGAAGCACGCCCGCCAUGGCCACCACCACUGAUACACAUACACUCAUGGAUGCAAAUGCACACGUAGACCCUUGCUAGCUAUCUUAUAUGUACGGCCGGUUACAUUCAUUCAUUUUGUUGUCUUGUUCCAUAGUACUGAAUUGCUGUUUGGUAUGUGUAU